CGACCCUCGUAUCUUGCAAGCGGAGAUAGCAUGGUAUCACUUAGUUAUCAGUUUCGAAUAGGCAAAAGUACAGUAUCGAAAAUAAUAUUAGAGACUACAACAGCAAUUUGGAAUAUUUUACAACCAAUUGUCCUGAAACAACCAACAGAAGAUGACUGGAAGAGAAUUGCUAAGAAAUUUAAUGAUAAAUGGAAUUUCGUCAAUUGUAUUGGGGCAAUAGACGGGAAACAUAUUCUUAUUCAGGCAUCUUCGCAUUCUGGCUGUACAUUUUACAAUUAUCAUGCAUCCCAUAGUGUAAUAUUGAUGGCUGCCUGUGACGCGAAUUAUUGUUUUACUCUUGUAGACCUUGGAGCAGAAGGACGCCAAAGCGAUGGAGGAAUAUUUCAAAGAAGUGACAUUGGUAUUGCUUUUGAAAGCAAUCUAUUAAAUGUACCUCCUGCUGAAAAUAUUUUAGAGAAUUGUACGUUAUCAUUUGUGUUGGUUGGAGAUGAAGCAUUUGCCUUAAAAACAUACAUGAUGCGGCCAUUUCCUCGAAAUUCUCUAACUUACGAAAAAAAAAUCUUUACUUAUCGAUUAAGUCGUGCACGUCGUACCAUUGAAAGCGCCUUUGGUAUUUUAGCAUCCCGAUGGCGAAUAUUUCGUAAACCAAUUAGCGUCUUUGGAGACUGUCGAUAAUAUUAUUAAAGCAUCGCUUUGUCUUCAUAA